AUGGGCCCAGUACAAGAUCAUUGCGGUUUCGCCGAAGGGUAUCGCUAUCAAAAUUGGGUUGCUGAAUCGCGAUGUCACGUUUUACCGGCUGGAAGUAACCCGCGUCAAUCCUUAGUGGCAAAACGUUCCCGAUCUCCUGACGGCGUUCCUUGUACCAAACCAAGUUCUCCUCAAAACGCCGGCCGCCCUUUUUUCGCAGGCCCCCCGCCCCUUUUUUUUUUUAAUUUUUUCGAGCGGGGGGGAGGCCGCAGCCGGCGUUUUUUCUUUUUUUUCUUUUUUUUUUUUUUUUGGGAGGCGCGGGGGCGCCGGCGUUUCUUUCCCCGCCGGCCUGAACGGGGGAAGCCGCCCCGCCUUUUCUCAAGCCGCCUUGCCUUCCGCCGUGGCUCUGAAGGAAGGUGUGGUUCUUGUUUUGGGCGCCCUCUCUGGGGCACCGGGGGUGGCUUUACCUUGCGUCAUGGUCUCCUUUUGGGGUGUCGGGUGGGGGUGUGGUCGGAGGUCUCUGGCAUGGCGGAGUUUAUCAUGUCCUCUUUGUGUUUCGUGGUGUUGUUGGGUUUUUUUCUCAGCGAUUGGGAUUGUUUUGGUGCUUUGGUCCCUAUAACUCUGCUUAUGGCAAGUUUUUUUUUUGUUUGUUUGUUUUCGGUUGCACCCGCUGUUUUCUUUGCUUUUUUAUUUUCUCCCUUUCUGUAUAUUGACGGUGCCUGUGGCCAGUGA